AUGUUUUUCGCCAACGAGCAGCGUGAGAAGGUCCGCGAGGACAACCCCGGCAUCAAGUUUGGUGAGGUUGGCAAGGUCCUGGGUGAGAAGUGGAAGGCUCUCAACGAGAAGCAACGCACUCCGUACGAGGCCAAGGCUGCGGCCGACAAGAAGCGCUACGAGGAAGAGAAGGCCGCGUACGCCGCCGGUGAGGAAGAGGAAGACGAGUCUGAAUAG